GUAAACAACAUAGACAAUCUCAUUGCUGCCAUGGCAAAGAAAGGUAAAAAGAGAGGCAUUUCAAACGGCAUUGCAUGCCCCGUUCCCUUUGAAAAGCUAAUUCAAUCUAAGCUGUUUACAUUUGUUGUUGGGAAGGAUGAGGACAAGAAAUUGUUCGUAGUGCACAGCAGAGCUGUUGCCGCAACAUCUUCUUAUUUUCGCGCGCUCUUGACGAAUGGUCUGUCAGAGUCACAGACCGACAGUGUCGAAUACCCUGAUAUAAAACCUGACGACUUUGCCCGCUUUCUUGAAUACACAUAUCGAUACGACUAUACUGUCCCAACAUGGGUCAAAGACGAGGGAUACAUAGCAGAGAACGUGCCGGUUCCGCCAGAAGCCGGAGUGGAAGAAGAAUAUCCAGACAUACCCGGGCCUGAAGCUGUACCAGCGCCACCCGUGGAAGAAGAAUUACCAGACGUACCCGAGUCUGUACCUGUACCCGAGCCUCCCGUGGAACUCGAUGAUGAUGACACCCCCGUAUGGAGGGAAAGCCGGGUGUUCGCUAGUCAAUUUUUCACGAGGUUAUCAAGAAUGUCUUUACGUACUAAGUUUGACAAGCGCAAUUGCCUGACCUCGAACGAGCCCCAAAAAUCCAUGGUCGCGGCUUUCCAGCCCUGUGAAAAUACUGCGCCCGAUGAAGACUUUACACCAGUGUUCCUAGCACACGCACGGCUAUACACGUUUGCUUGUAUGCGUUUAGUCGACCCGCUCAAACGCUUGACACUACACAAGCUCCACGAGACGCUACUCAGCUUCAAACUCUAUAAGCGACGCGUAGGGGAUGUUGUUGAGCUCGCAAGAUAUGCGUACACACAGGGCGAGGACAGGAAGGACGAUGGCACAAAGGACGAAUUGAGGCAGCUAGUGGUCGAGUAUAUUGUACUUGAGGUGGACACUUUUGGGAAGCAUCCAGCCUUUGUGGACUUGCUGCAUGAAGGUGGAGAGUUUGUCGUCGACUUUUGGAAUCUGGCGUACCAAGAGGGGUUUGGUCGUGAAGCCAACAACAGGUAACUUCACCCCAGCAACCUCAAGUCGUCACGACCACGACAAGGCGCAAGAAGUAAUUGCCCAAAAGACCCCAGCUCCUCGACAGACUUGUCAUGUGACCAAUCCACCGACAUGUCGACAUAAGAAAUUAACUCAUUCUCUUGACUUUGCAUGCUCUCACCCUGACACAGCGCUUUGUCUUCUUCUUGACUCCAUCUCGCCAGGUCCUUUGUCAGCGGCAUACCAGCCAAAACAUGGACUUGACUCGCAAGCCCGCCACAGGUGAAAACACUCCACGAGCAUCGCGUAAACACAGCCAUGAAUAAGGUGCGCCGUAGCGA